AUGGCAGUCAGAGCGCUCAUCCUCGCGUGCGUGCUCCUCCUCGUGUCGACGUCCGCCUUGGCUCAGCGUGGUCCGCCUGGCGGAGGUCCUCCCGGCGGUAAGCGAUCGGGGGGCGCAAGCGGAGGCCCUGGCGACGGUCCCGGCAGUCGCGACGGUCCCGGCGGGCCUGGCGGACCGCGCGGUCCUCCUUUGAACCUGACGUCUGUCGGGAAUCUGACGGCCGAUGUUGGCGCGCGACUCGCCAACUGCACCGCUGAUCAGACGAUCCUUGACGGCCGCUUCCACCUCGCCGUCUUCAAAAACUCAACCGGGAACUACAAUCUGCUGGUCUCAGCGGUGCUGGUGGACGCGGCGGGCGGUCCGCCCGACUCGCUGGCGAUCCAGCGCGCGGGGUGGUGGCUGCUGCACGCGGAGGCGCGCCUCGACGCGUUCCUCGAGAACGCGGACGCCGCCACCCUCGACGCGCUGCUCGCCGUGCUCCCCACCGCCUCGCCUCCGCCCACCAGCGGCAGCGGCAGGCGCAACGGCGGAGGCAGCACCGCCGGCGGGGGCAGCGCGGGGGGCGCGCGGAACGGGCAGGGCGGGAGGCGCAUGGGGCGGGAGCUGCUGAUGCGCGCAUUCGGGCGCGCGGCCAGGCAGGGGGGACAGAAGCAGGGGGGGCAGCAGCAGCAGGGGGGAGGGCAGCAGGCGCCUGCAGUGAGCGGGUAUGCUGUGCUGGCGGGUAGCAGCGCAGCAGGUGUGACGUGGGGCGGGCAGCUCAUGGGCGCCAAGACGCCCGCCGCUGCUGCUGCUUAA